AAAACGCCAAACAUAAAGUGAAAAAUACUCUCGACAAAUAAAUACAUAUAUGUAUAUAUAGAGGAUAUAUAUCUAUCUAUAUAGAGGCAGAAAGCUGGAAGUCUCAGCUGUCAGUGGCAACAGUUGUUCAGUUCAAAAACACUUCAGUCCUCAAAUUAGUCAUUUGUGGAUUUUGAGUGUUUUUUUUUAAAUAAAUUAGCUCCCACGUUUAAAGUGUUCAAAAAUUACCUCUAAUUUGAAUUGUGUUCAUUAUAUUUUAAAAGGAGAAAUUAUAUAAAUACGAAAUGCCAGAUAAGGAAGAGACUCCGUCGUUUUUGAAGCGCGCCGGUACCGAUAAACUGCGUGAAGUCUUCCUAAAGUAUGCCUCAAUCCACAAGGAUGGGGAGGAGUACAUGACCAGUGAGGAUUUUGUACGCAAAUUUCUUGGCCUGUUCACAGAGACCGCAUUUAAUGAUGAAUCGGUACGUCUAUUGGCUGGCAUAGCCGAUACUAGUAAGGAUGGACUUAUAUCAUUUUCGGAAUUUCAAGCCUUUGAGGGUUUACUCUGCACACCAGAUGCCCUAUAUAGAACAGCAUUUCAGCUGUUCGAUCGUCAGGGCAAUGGCACUGUGUCAUAUGCUGAUUUUGCUGAUGUCGUACAAAAAACUGAACUGCACUCAAAGAUACCUUUUAGCUUAGACGGUCCAUUUAUAAAACGCUACUUUGGCGAUAAGAAACAACGCCUUAUCAACUAUGCUGAAUUUACGCAACUUUUGCAUGAUUUCCAUGAGGAGCAUGCCAUGGAGGCAUUCCGUAGCAAAGAUCCAGCUGGUACUGGAUAUAUAUCCCCAUUAGAUUUUCAGGAUAUUAUCGUUAAGGUUAAACGGCAUUUACUAACGCCCGAUGUCAAGGAUAACUUGGUAGCGGUCACUGAGGGUCACAAAGUGAGCUUCCCCUAUUUCAUAGCAUUUACCUCGCUGCUUAAUAAUAUGGAGUUGAUUAAGCAAAUCUAUUUGCAAGCCACUCAGGGCAAUCGCACUGAGAUGGUUACCAAGGAUCAAUUGCUUUACGCAGCACAAACAAUGAGCCAAAUCACUCCAUUGGAGAUUGAUAUACUCUUCCAAUUAACCGGAGCUGUACAACAGACUGGCCGCAUCGACUACAGUGACCUGAGUAACAUUGCACCCGAGCAUUAUACCAAGCAUAUCACACAUCGAUUGGCCGAGAUUAAAGCAGUGGCGAGUCCUGCCGAUCGUUCAGCGUUUAUCCAAGUGCUAGAGAGCACAUAUCGCUUUACCCUGGGUUCCUUUGCGGGCGCUGUGGGCGCCACUGUGGUCUAUCCCAUUGAUCUGGUCAAGACGCGAAUGCAAAACCAAAGAGCUGGCUCCUACAUUGGCGAAGUUGCCUAUAGAAAUUCCUGGGAUUGUUUCAAGAAGGUUGUUCGUCACGAAGGCUUCCUGGGUCUGUAUCGUGGUCUCCUGCCUCAACUGAUGGGCGUGGCACCAGAAAAGGCCAUUAAGUUGACAGUCAACGAUUUGGUGCGCGACAAAUUUACCGACAAACGCGGAAAUAUUCCCACGUGGGCCGAGGUUCUGGCCGGUGGCUGUGCCGGUGCUUCCCAGGUGGUCUUCACCAAUCCAUUGGAGAUUGUUAAGAUUCGUUUGCAGGUGGCCGGUGAAAUCGCCACGGGCUCUAAGAUUAGUGCCCUGUCGGUGGUUAGAGAGUUGGGUCUCUUUGGUCUGUACAAGGGUGCAAGAGCGUGUUUGCUGCGUGAUGUUCCCUUUUCGGCCAUCUACUUCCCGACCUAUGCCCAUACCAAGGCCCUUAUGGCCGACAAGGAUGGCUACAAUCAUCCAUUGACGUUGUUGGCCGCUGGUGCCAUUGCUGGUGUGCCGGCUGCUUCUCUUGUGACACCCGCCGAUGUGAUCAAGACGCGUCUGCAGGUGGUGGCCCGUUCAGGCCAGACCACUUACACGGGCGUUUGGGAUGCCACCAAGAAGAUUAUGGCCGAAGAGGGACCCCGUGCCUUCUGGAAGGGCACAGCUGCUCGUGUCUUCCGAUCAUCGCCUCAAUUUGGUGUCACUUUGGUGACCUAUGAGCUGCUCCAGCGCAUGUUCUAUGUGGACUUUGGCGGCUCACAACCCAAGGGUUCGGAGGCUCACAAGCUUGCCACACCUUUGGAUAGCAAAUUGAGCGGGACAGACGAUCAUAUUGGUGGCUAUAAGGCAGCUGUUCCUCUGCUAGCUGGUGUGGAGUCGAAGUUUGGUCUUUAUCUGCCGAGAUUCGGUCGCGGUGCCACCGCCGCUGCAACGCCAGGCACAACAACUGGCUCCUGAUUAUAUUGGCGCCAUCGCCUGCACAGCAGCGCCAUCUAGGUGUUAAAGUUGUACAGUACGGAAAACCAGGAUGAUUGUGAGCAGAGCAUGUAUAUUUUUUGCUAGAAAGGAUUUUACACACACACAACACAGACCACAGAUAACUGCACUGCGGCCAAUGUCAACAAGAAUUGUCUAAUUUAUCCAGAAUGUGAACAUUUUUCAAAGUAACUGACAAACCAUUUUAGAUGGCAUACAACUUUAGGCAACUAUUAUUAAUUUUUUAAAAUUUUAUUUUCCACCAAGUGUAGAAUGAAUAUUAAGAAGAAACUGUAGUGUUUUUUUGUAAACUUUGUUAACUAGUUAAAAGAAAAAAACAAAAAACGUUAAAGGAAAUCAACCAAUAGGCGAAACAAGUCACUGAAUGUCAACUUUUUGCACUCAAUCAACUAUUUAAACACACAAAAAUAUAAUUAGUACGAAUUUGUUUAAAACAAUUACAUAAAAUGGGAGAAACAUAUGCAAUGAAUGACCUCUUAGCUAUUAAUAAAUAAAUGAAUAAAAGUCUAUAUAUAUAUAUUUAAA